AUGUCUGGCCGAAGCCUUUCUGUUCAAAGCGAAAUGUUUGGUACCAAAACCUUCUGGUUCAAAGCGCGAAAACAAAUAUAUCACGUUCAAGCCAAACUAGGACCAAUAGUAAGAAAGUUGAUUCCUAACUUCUUGGUAGCGCACUAUACGUAUAUCAUAUUUUGGUGCGUUAUUGGUUCCAUCUUGAUCUACCCGAAGAAAAACAUUAAAUACAUUGAUGCUUUGUUUUUCGCUGCAGGAGCGUCAACUCAGGCCGGUUUAAAUACUGUGGACACGAACAAUUUGAGCUUAUACCAACAGAUAGUGAUUUACUGUGUGACCAUGUUCACAACUCCAAUAUUUAUCCAUUCGGCCAUUGUGUUUCUGAGACUUUUCUGGUUCGAGAAAUCAUUUGAUGACAUUAAAGAGAAGUCGAUGCAGAAUUUCAAGAUGCGUCGAUCGGCGACUCUCGCUCAGUUCAGAACACAUACGAUGGAUACUUCUAGAAGUUUGCGCCAAAACAGAUCCAAUACUACUGGUUUUCAGAAUAAAAGUUACAAUACUCACAAUGCUUCUGAGGAUCUAGGUAUAAGACUAAACAAACUCAAUCAAAAACAACAAGAAGAGGACCGAGAACAAAAGCUAGACAAAGUUUUUGAAGAUGAGUAUACUGUUCCUAUGUCCUCAAGCUCAGGUGGAUCCCCGGAACUAAAGAAUCAUGAAAAAGGUCAGGAGAUAGAACUAUCUCACAUUUACGCAUCCCAUGAUUAUCCAACGGACAGGGGAGACGUGGUACAUUACACUGAGCCCAGUGAGGAAGAAGGUGAGCAAGAAGUCCCGGAGACAAGGUCGAAAGACAUCAAGUUUGUGGACUUACCGAAGCCACCCAACAAAAGGAGGAACAAAGAUGUUGAGCCACGUGACCUUUAUAUGUCCAUUUCUAUGAUGCAGCAGCAGAGAGAUAAUAAUACAGCAGAGGAUGAAUCCGGACCGGCACUAGUUAUACAAGGCCCCGCAGAAAGGACUGGAAGCAAACUCCCAGGCCAUAUUAGUCGCCAUGAGAAAGAAAUGAAACGCAAACAGCUGAAGAAAAUCAGAAAGAUGGAGAAAAUGCAGGACCAACGUCCAUCCUCUUCUGCAAAUCCUCUAAAAGAAAAGUCUAUACAAUUCCAAGAUCCAGUCAGACCACGCGAAAAUUCAACAAUCAGGUGGGAAUCACAAAUUCCUGUUCCGGAGCCCGAAGCAGAAGACGAAAGUGCUUUGAGCGAUGAAGCAAACUCAAGCUUGGAAGAUGCAGGUGAGGACCCGCUAGGCAACGAUGACCUCAGCGACGAGGAGAAUGGAGUGGGUUUUCGCCAUGCGGGAAGAACACAAUCUCAUGUUAUGACGAUACCACAUGGAAAACAUGGCACCAAACUCGACCGAAGGGCCCACACUUUUGACGUACCAGUAGAGAAGAAACCAGACUCACGCAAAAAAGGUGUUAAUAUUGUGAAAUCACCAACCUUUGACAAGAUGCUGCGCAAAAAUAUGAAGGACAAGUACAACAGAUUCACUAGAAUGGGAAGACGUUUUACAUCUUCUCGUACGGGCGUUUUCAAUGUCUUCACGGAUGACAUCGAGACUCUCUCAGAUAAUGAUCUUGCUAGUUUAUAUUCUAGGUCUAGCAAACAUGCUCCGCCAAACUACUUGUCCUGGACACCAACCAUCGGAAGAAAUUCCACUUUUGUGGCGUUGACAGAUGAACAAAAGGAAGAGCUAGGAGGUGUGGAAUACCGUGCUUUGAAAUUGCUCAGUACUAUUCUAGUUUCCUACUACACUGGCUUCCACCUCAUGGGAAUCAUAUGCUUUGUUCCUUUCAUAACGAAGACGAUGAAGUAUUUGAAUAUCGUUAGAAGUGAUGGCAUCGCCCCAGCAUGGUGGGGCUUUUGGUAUCCCCAAACAUGCUUUAACGAUUUGGGAAUUACUCUUACCCCUGACUCAAUGAUGUCGUUCAAAGAGAACGCAUUUACCUUAAUCAUAGGAGGAUUCUUGAUUGUCGCUGGAAAUACAGGAUUUCCAAUUUUACUUCGAUUCAUCAUUUGGAUACUACAUCGCUUUUCAAAGCCACUCACGUUGUACAGAGAGUCGUUGGAAUUUUUGCUAGAACAUCCGAGAAGAUGUUUCACGUUGCUAUUCCCGUCGGGGCCUACGUGGUGGCUAUUUUUUGUGCUGGUUGUGCUGAAUUGCAUCGACUGGUUGCUUUUCAUCAUUCUGGAUUUCAACAAGAGCGUCUUGGAAGACGUGAGACCGGGAUAUCGUGUUUUGGAUGGGCUUUUCCAAGCUAUAUCCACUAGGACAGCAGGCCUAUCAGUGGUGGAUUUGUCUCAAUUGAGUCCGGCCGUACAGGUAAGUUACCUAGUGAUGAUGUACAUCUCUGUGAUGCCAUUGGCAAUAUCUAUUAGACGAACCAAUGUCUACGAGGAACAGUCUCUGGGUGUUUAUUUUGACAACAACGACAUUAGCUCCACGAACAAUACGGAUAAUACUAAUAACAAUAAUCAGAAUGGGAAGAGUAACCAGACGAUAUCUUUCAUCGGCACACAUUUGCGCAAACAGUUGUCUUUUGAUUUGUGGUUCCUGUUUCUCGGUCUGUUCAUCGUUUGUAUUUCUGAGAGUGGAAGAUUGACUAAAGGUGAUAUACAUUUUACUAUUUUCAGCUGCCUUUUUGAGAUCACUUCUGCCUACGGUACUGUGGGUUUGAGUCUGGGUUAUCCAAACACUACACCAUCGUUUUGCGGUCAAUUCAACACUCUGUCUAAAGUGGUGCUUAUUUUCAUGAUGGUCAGAGGAAGACAUAGAGGUUUGCCUUACUCAAUAGACAGGGCUAUCAUGCUUGAGACCGACAAGAUCAAAAUGCGGGACGACCUCCAAGCCCAUCAUACUCUGAGACGGGCUCAAAGUAUGCAGACAUCGCCGACAUAUGCAUCAUCGCACCAUGGCCCUUUGCUGAGGGUCAACACAACUCGAAACGAGGGAUUCGAUACCGGCAACAUUUGGCCAUUUUUGAAGAGGAAAGCAUCUGCGGUUGCGGGAGAAUUCAGGAGAAAUUUACAUGCAAGGGAUUAUGAUUCUGAGAAUGAACAAGCUAUAGAGUUUGACCACGAGUUUGUUCCUUCAUAUAACGGUUACAGAGACGUCGAAAGUAACAGAAUAGAUAUGACGGACAGACAUAUAAAUGAGAGAUCUUCGCUUUCGCCAACUGAACCCGCGUCUGCAGCAUCAUCCACUAGAUCCAAGCGCCAUAAUUCACUUUAA